AUGAAAGUCUUUUCAAGUUACAUCUUCCUGACCUUGACGAUUCUAAACUUAACCUGGACGUUGCAAGUAAAAUUCAUAAAAUUGGAAUGUUUCGAAUUUGAUAAACCAUUCGCCACAAUACCCAAAUGUUAUUUGAAGGCUCUGUCGCGAUAUCAAUCGGCAUUGAAUCUUCAGGUGGCUCUACAUCAGGUUCCCGUGAAUAAUGUUUCGUUCAAUGCCGCCCUCUACCACAAAGGCAGCAAUGGCUAUCGUCCGUUUAUGUACAAUAACACCCAUGACAUUAUUGUGAAAAAUUUAAUAUUGGAUUCGAAAAUGUUUCGAAUGAUACCAUUCCCGGCAAAUGAAUAUUCGGUAAGGAUUAAAGUUGUUGCCUACAAUCAUUAUAAGGCUGAAAUACGUGUCUAUGUACAAAUUAUUGAAUAA